AUGAAGUUUCACGCCCUAGCCGCUGCUGCGGCCCUUGUCGGCACCGUUUCGUCCGCCAAGGACAAACGGACUUUUGCCGUUCUUCGCUUCACCAACAAGCAGCUCACCAAGGGUCGGAUGGACCCUAUAGUCAGCCCAGGCCAAGCGUCUGCUCACGUCCACUCCAUUUUCGGCGGCAGCAACUUCGGCCUCAGCUCGACUGGCAAGGAGCUGAUGGACUCAAACUGCAGCACUGCCAUGAUCAAGGGUGACAACAGUAACUACUGGGUCCCCUCUCUCUACUUCAAGGAUCCAAAGAACGGCAAGCUGGAAGCAGUCGAGCUGUUUUACGCCAACGCCUAUUACUUUUUCGAGCCGACCAAUGAUGAUAUCAAGGCAUUUCCAGUUGGGCUCUCCAUGGUCAUCGGAGAUCCCAGUCUGCGAACACCGCCCAAAGGUGGCGCCACUUCCAACCUCGACCCUUCCAAAGGUCCCGUGAACCCUAUCAAGUACACCUGUCCUCGUUCAAACUUGGAUCGUCCGGCAUAUCCCUCGGGCUCCGACGGUUUCAUGGCGGGCAUGCAGGACCCGGGCAACAAGGGCGAGGGCGUUGGCUUUCCCGACGUCGACUGCGACGGAUAUGCGUCACCCUUGCGGGGAGAUGUUCACUUCCCAUCGUGCUACAAUCCUGCUGCCGGCCUGACCAACUUCAAAGAAAACAUGGCAUUUCCCUCUGACGCCGGCAAUGGAAAAUCAGACUGCCCCAAGGGGUGGAUCCACGUUCCUCAUCUCUUCUUGGAAGUCUACUGGAACACUCCGCUUUUCAAGGACCGGUGGGAGCAGGGGAAGGGUCAGCAGCCCUUUGUUCUCUCCAACGGAGAUGCCACGGGCUACAGCAACCACGCAGACUUCAUGGCUGCCUGGGACGAAAAGCUCCUCCAACACAUCAUCGACACUUGUGACGCGGGCAGUCAGGGCAUGGACAAAUGUCCUGGACUCAACGGCCUGAACAAGGGUGACUGCAUUAUCAAACCGGCGGUGGACGAAACCGUUGACAGUGUUCUGGAUGUGCUCCCUGGAAAUAAUCCCGUUACUGGUUGGCAUCACGGCGGAGGUGGAAGCAACGGAGGUGACGGUCAGCCAAAGGCAUCGCAGUCCCAGUCUUUGAAGGGGGACAGCACGGCGAAACCAUCCAGCACCAGCCAAGUUGGCGGCGACCACACCAACACUGCCAAGCCCACCAACUCCCAGCCUGCUGCAUCGCACAACUCCGGCCAGCUCUCGAGCACCGCGCCCGCAGGAGCAGGAGGCGACAAGCCAACUUCGACCAAGAAUCCCAAUGAGCCACAGGCUACCUCGGAGGCGAGCGUUUCCAAGCCCACGAUGCCUUCUAGACCAUCGGCAUGCACCGCCAAGGUUCACACUGUUUAUGAGACAGUGACUGUAACGGGGCAAUUGCCAGGAACCACUGUUCACCCUGACUCGUCCAACUCAACCCGUACCGCCGGAGAUUUCAAGUAUGCUGGCUGCUUCAAGGACUCGGGAACCCGUGCUCUCAGUGGCAAUGUCCGUCCCAACCUGGGCGCCAUUGACAACACCAAGUGCGCCAACCACUGCAAGGAAGCCGGCUAUGUUCUCUCGGGCACCGAGUACGGCGGCCAGUGCUAUUGCGGCAACGAACUGGUCGGAUCGGAGAAGCUCGACGAAUCAGCCUGCAACAUGGCUUGCGAGGCCGACAAGAAAGAUGUAUGCGGAGGGGGCUGGGCGCUCAGCGUCUACAGCAAGGAUGGCCAGGCAAGCUUGAAGGGUGCUAAAACCCGAAGACAUGCUCACGAGCACCUUCAGCGACAUCGGAGCCCGCACUACUAG